GGACUCCGGAAGUACAGUUGCUGUCAUCGUAACCAACAUGGGUUGAUUCAGAAGCAUGUCAUCAAGAGGCGUUGUCCUCACUGAAAACUAAAGAAAAUUAAUUUGGCUUUCAAGUGGUGGAAAAGCUGAUUUGGAGACAGCCAUGGAUCGGGAGGAGGAGGAAGAGGAGCUGACAGUUGAGGCGCCAAAGGAGGUGGACAUGUUUACAUCGGUGCGCUGCUUGGGCUACCUGUCCAGCGUCACCCUCCUGGUGGCGGUAUGCGUUGGCAUGUACGUGCGCUGGGAAGUGACAAGCGAGCCCAUGAUUCUGGUCAUCUUCAUCCUGGGCCUCUUCGUCCUGGGAAUCGCCAGCAUCCUCCAUUACUACUUUGCCAUGGAGAAGGCCAGCCUGAGCUUGUUCCACUUGUGGUUUGGCUUUCUGCUCGGCCUUCUGUGCUUCCUCAACAGCCCCGCUUUGGACUCAGAUGUCAAAGAAGUGGUCGCCAACUAUCUCCUCCUUGCCAGCGUGAUCAUGAAGGCAAUAUGGGCCGUAACGGAGCGAAUAUGCAGCUCCGUCUUUUACAAACCCACUCUGCUUAAAUCAGCUGAGUUCCUGGAGCUCCUGGGAUUUGGCAUCGCCAGCACCACCUUGCUUAUUCACAUGUCCGUGGCCAUAAUUGGCUUGGUCGUGGCGCUCGGAGCACUCAUCGUGGACUUGAGAAUGAAAUCCCUCCUCGCUCUGCCAAACCUCAUCAGUUUCGCGCUGGUCACCUCUCUCGUGUUUUUCAAGGCCCUAAAGAUUACAGCCAACCCUUACGCUUUGGGCUGCUACCUGGGCAGGCUGCUCUGUGAGCCUGUGCUGGACGUGUAUUUCAGCGGGCUGGGGCCCUCCGAGCGCUGGAUGCCAGUGCUCUCUCUGGGGAAGGCGUGGAGGAGGCUGUCACUGUUUCCUCUCAGUCUGAUUGAGCUGGCCUUCUUUGUCCUGGCUGCCUUAAAGCUUGGCGACUUGGACUUGUGGUAUCUGGUGAUCCCUGGCUUUUGCUUAUUUGGCCUUUUCUGGUCCAUCUGCCACGUCGUCCUGCUUAUCACGCUCUGGGGAUUCCACAACAAGCUGAGCGAGUGUCAGAAGAUGUGGCGGGCCCAGCGGUCCAGCACCCGCAGCCUGGAUCAAGUGAUGGCCUCCAGAGGCAUCCGGCACUUCUGCCUCAUCUCCGAACGCCUGGUGUUCUUCAGUCUGGUGUCGACGGUCAUACUGGGUGCCGUUUCCUGGCAGCCCAUCAACGGCCUCUUCCUCAGCGCUCUGCUGGUGGUGCUGCCUCUGGAGUCUCUCACCCACAGCUUAUUCCACGAGCUGGGCAGCUGCCUGGGGGGGACGUGCGUCGGCUACGCUCUGGUCAUACCCACCAGCUACUGCAGCUCGGGCGGACAGCCCACCCUCCUGCCACCGGAGCAGGUGCAGCAGUUGAAUCUGCGCUCCACCAGCAUGCUGAACAACAUGCAGCGCCUCUUCUCCCACCACAUGAUCCAGACGUUCGGCUGCGACUACUCCACGAGCGGCGUGACCAUGGAGGCCGUGCAGAACAAGCUGCGCGGCUUCCUGGAGCUCCGCACGGCCGACGGGCCGCGGCACGACACCUACCUGAUCUUCUACAGCGGCCACACGCACAAAGGCACCGGAGCGUGGGCUCUGACCGGAGGUGAGUGUCUCCACCUGGCUCAGCUGCUGGAGCUGUGGAAAGAGAAGAACGCCGGCCACUGCUCUCGCCUCAUCCUGGUCCUGGACACCGAGCACUCCCUCCCCUGGGUCAAGGAAAUCCGCAAGGUGGAGGGCGUCUACGUGGCGGUGCAGGGCGCCGAGCUGUCGGCCGCCUGCGUCGACCCCGAGGCCGGGGACGCCCCGCUGCUGGGGGACUUCACGUCCGAGUGGGUGGAGUUCAACUGCAACCCGGACUGCGACACGCAGUGGUCGGAGAGGGGGAGGACGGUGACGGCCGUCUACGGCGUGUCCAAGCGCUGGAGCGACUACACGCUGCACCUCCCCACGGGGAGCGACGUGGCCAAGCACUGGAAGACCCACUUCCCCAAGGCCACGUAUCCCAUGGUGCACCUGUCCAACUGGUGCUGCGGCCUCAACCUGCUGUGGCCGUGCAGCAUGUGCCUGCGCUGCUUCCGGAGGUGCAAACUGGCUUGGUUCCCCCCGGCCGUGUUGGACACGGGGCAGGGCAUCAAACUGGUGCACUCUUAAGUCGCACGGAACAAUGGACGCCGUCUCACUGUAACCUGGAGAGCUUGCUGAUGUUUACGUUGUCGAGAGAAACGGUACAGGCCGAAAUGCAUACAAUUUAGAUUGAAAUGAGGCCAAAUAAGAACUCCUUAAACAUCUUCUUGCAUGCUUGAUUUCCAUUAGGCAAAACAUUGGACUGAUUAAUUAUGAUUUCGAUUAACAAAUAACUGAAUACAUCAGGGGAAUUCAGCAUAAAUAGAGCGAAGAUGCAGAAAAAGGGGACGAGAUUAAGAUCAAAGAAGGGCACAACGUGUUACAUAAAUUGAAAAACAGUUUUUAUUGCUCCAAGUCUUAAAAACAGUUCUGUCAAAUAUCAUUUGUAUUUCUUUGGGAACAAUUUCUUAUUUUUGUAUGUGGGCUUUUUUUUUUUAAUUUUUUUGCAGCAUUUUACCUAUAGCAGUGCCUUAGAUGGGUUUUGGAUCAAGCUGGAUGGGGAUACUUCAUUCUUUAUAAGUAUUGACUAUACGCUUGCCUUGCCUCUAUUUAUAUUCAGAGGAUUUAGCUGGCACCCGUACUUAAAUCGCGCGAGCCGGAGGGAUGGCUCCGUCAUCCUAAAGCCUUUCGACAGGAUGGACAGAACGACUGCUUCGGGGCUGAACUGGGCGACCCCUUCUGAUCAUGGGGAAAUUCCAAGCGCUUGCAAAGCACUGAGAUAUGCACAUAUUUCUGCACUGAAGGCGGAGGUGCGCGUCGGCCGCGGGAGCGCAUAUCAUCGCCCGGCGCCUCGUCCCGUUUGUUUACGCAAAUUAAUUCCGGCCGAAUUCAUCUGUUCUAUACUAACGCCGCACAUUGGAUUCUCCGCGCCGUUUGUCUCGGCCACGCUGUGAGACAGUGGCUCGCCCGUGCAAAGCAACAAUUCAUCAAGAAGCCGUCGGUGCUUUGUGUUUGCGCGCUGAACCCGACGCCACAGCUUGACCGCCUUUUACCCGGUGUUUUGCAUCUUUCUCCCAUGUACAUCCCUGAACUCUGAUGUGGACUGUUGCCUUUGAGACUGUUUCGUUGUGUUUCUGAAGAGGUAAAGUUCUAUCAUUAUUAUUAUUAUUAUUAUUAUUAUUAUUAUUAUUAUUAUUAUUAUUAUUAUUAAGCCCUCAUGUGCCUCACUGGUGUCAAAAUACCUGAAUAAAACUUGGAUAGCAAAUUGAUUCAACCAUUUUCUUUCAAGUUGAAGAAAAUCCAUGGCUUUGAAUGAAUACAAUUAAAA